AUGGUUGACAGCGAGCAGUGGAGGCCAGAUGGGGAUUUCGCAGCGGCCUGGGUGUGUGAAGGACGGCAUGGUGCUGGAGAGUUCGGUGACAUCCACGGUCGCGAGCAACGUCGAUCCGAUGUGGGCUUCACGCCGGCUGGGGAGCGCGAUGGACGGCACGCUGAAGACGGGUUCGGCGGCAGGCGCGACCAACGACGUGGAGGUGAUGGUAACCAGCAUUGGGAAUCGGUGUUUCACGUAGACGAGCCAUUUUACGAUGAACCGCCGGUUUUUUAUGACGAGCCAUUUUAUGUCGAACCGUCGGUUUUUGAUGAGGAGCCUCCAAGGCCGGAGGAUUUCAUUGUGAAGUGCAACAACACCAACAAAGACUGUAACCAACCUUUUUGGGGAGGGAGUGUGCAUGCCAGGGGCGUAGGUCCUGCUCCAAUUCCAGUCGAGGAUUUUUCACUUCACAAGCUGGUAGAUGCAAUUAUUUGUAUGCUACAUCCAGAGGAUAGGCAAAGUGCAAUUGAACUGGCACAAGCAAUGGAAAAUGACGAUGGGGGGAUUCUGACACGUUAUGACAACUACUUUCAAGUUAUUGACCAUUCGGGUGGUGUUGAAUUUUUCAAUUUUAUGAUGCUCGGGGGUGUUUGGUGCGGAAGUAGGGGUCCUAUGUUAUGUCGGUCAGCUAGGGGUACGACUCUGGUGCAGCACGUUUGGUGCGGCUUCGAGGGCGAAGCCUUCCGAACCUGA